AGACAAAAAGUUACAGAAUGAAACGUUUUUGACAACUGGUGAAUAAAUAGCCCAGCUGACUGAUCAGAUGAUUUAUGUUGUGGACAAAACUGAAAUCUUUAAAAUUUUCGUGUUAUAAUCUUAAUAAAAAUUGUUUUAUUACUAAGUUAACAAUAUGACGGAUAAAUAUAGAGAUGAUGAAAUAAAGAUUCGUCCUGCAAAAGUGGAAGACAUGUCUGCGGUGGCCGAAAUGAUUCAGGAGCUGGCUGAUUUCGAAAAAAUGCCUGAAGGACCUAGAAUGUCGGUAAAGGACCUGCAGCACGAUGGGUUUGAGCGGCAGCCGCCGGCGUUCCGCUGCAAGGUGGCGGAGGUUCAGCGGGCGGGCGCGCAGCCCGUGGUGGGCUACGCGCUGUACUUCCCGACCUACUCCACGUGGGAGGGCCGCGCCAUGAUGCUGGAGGACCUGUAUGUGCGCACCAACCAGCGCCACAAGGGGGUGGGCAAGAGACUCUUCAAGGAGGUUGCCAAGGAGGCUUCCACAAGCGGUUGCACCCGUCUGGACUUCCAUGUUCUGGAAUGGAAUCCUGCCCGAUCCUUCUAUGAGAACAAAGGUGCUGUGAACCUGACCAACAAAGAGCAGUGGUGUUACUACCGACUGGCAGGUGAUGCCCUCCACAAGCUGUCCCUAGAAGCCCCCAGCAAUGUUAUCAAGAAGUGAUAUCAAAAGGAAAACACACAGUAUUUGUGCUCACUUAUAUAUUUCAUAAUACAUAUAAUAUACAACAGACUUCUCUUUGUACAUAUUUCUAGUUUAUAUUUAUCCAAAAUUUGAGACUUUAAUGUGAAUAGAGCCUCGCCUUAUUACAUUCUUAUAAAAAAAUCUAUUGAAGUUACCAGCAGAUAUCAAAGCCAGAAUUGCCUUAUAUUUGCAGUGUGACAUCUGUGCAAGACUGAACCAAAUUAAAAUAAAAAAUACA